AUGGACAGAAGGCAAUCAGUAGCACCCAGCACCUCGUAUCGAUGGCGCUCUCGUUCCAUGGCGACAGAGGACCAGGAGAACAGCCGGGGUCAGGCCAGCCUGGAUCAGGGCAUUCUGCCCAGCGCCAUGCGCACAGCCACCGCUGCGACGAGGCAGCUGAAAAAGAUGACAAAAAUGCUUAGCAUCGAUAGGACCAAGGAGGUGCUGCGAGUGGCGUUGGAGGACAACGACCGAGUGGAGUACGUGAGGCUGGCGUGCGAACACGAGGAGCUCGUGAAGGAGGCCAAACAGCUGCGGGGGUUCGUGGUGGAGCUUUGCGAGCGAUACGAGGCGGCCAGGUCGCUUGACCCCAUCAGGCGGUACAAACGCAUGCAGUCCAUGGCCAAAACCAUCGUGCUGCAGCUGCGGGUCAACGACCCAGGAGCUGCGGCCGGCGGUGAGGCGGGAAAUGGGAGCGUCGACAGUGCCGGUGGUGGCGGUGGUGCUCUAAUCGUCGGGGAUGUGCUCCAGUCGUCGGUCAAACAGAAGGAAAUGCGACUGAAACAUGAGAAGGCGGCAAGAGUUCUCUCGAACGAGCAAAUUCAGUCUGAUAUUCUUAAAUUCCACUCUGAGAACAGGGAACUGAGGUGUCGCAUUGAAGCCACUACCGAUGCCAUCAACAACCUCGACAGUGUCUACAACUCCACGAAGUCUGAACCCUUCGUGAAGCGCUACGCCAUUCUGAAAGAGGCCAUCAGAGAAAUGGAGAAAUUCGCGGACACCAGUGCCAACCACACGUGA